UCUCAACAGGACCAAAAAAUCUAUUCUUUUUCCUCAUUUUUACUCUCAAAAUUACAUCUAACUUAUUGCAACCUUAUUGUUUUUUGGUUGGUGGGUAUUUUUUUUUUUUGAAUCUUAAGUCAACAAUUCAGUUCAAACAAGCUGUUAAAGGCUAAAAGAUCUGGUGAUUAUUACAAUGGUUGAGAACUGGAAGUGUUGAAACGUGGGGAGAUUACUAUGGCUGUUGCUGGCUUGCAUAAUAUUUCUCCAUUUGGUUCUUCUUUAUUUAUAGAGUCUCAGUCCUCGGUGUCGAGGCAGCGUGGUGAACAUGAUAGGCCGAGAACCCGAGCAUCAUCUAUUCUUCAAAUGUGGAGGGAGCUUGAGGGUGAGCCGGAUGGUCAACGGUUUAUCAACCGAAAUGGCGGUGCCAACGAUGACCAGAACCAUAUCGAGUUGGAUAAUUACUUUGAUGAUGGCCGAAGUGUUAGCUCAGAACAAUCUAGUGAUCUUGGGGAGGUUGAACGCGAACGAGUGAGGCAGAUUAUUCAAGAGUGGAUGCACACUGGUGCAAAGAGUCAUUCACAAUCAUUGGAUGAACGCGGAAAGGUGAGAAUCAUAAGGGAGAGGGUGCGAACGAAUAAUCAUCCGAGUGGAACAAGUUCUCCCAGAGAUGAAGUUGGUUCUCAAUUUGAACAAGUGCGUGAUGGGUUGUUGGUCGAUAUUUCACGGCGUGGAGAGAGAAAGGCGUUGCGCAGACUCUGCGGCAGACAAGCUCUUGUUGAUUUGCUGAUGAGGUCUCAAAGGGAAAGGGAAAUGGAACUUCAGGGAUUGUUGGAGUGUAAGCCUGUAUCAGACUUUGCCUAUCGCAAUCGGAUUCAGUCAUUACUCCGAGGAAGGUUUCUGCGAAAUGAUAGCUUGACCAAUGAUGAAAGAACUGCUUCAAAUGCAGCAAGUGAACUUGGGUUACUGAGGCAAAGACAUACUGUUUCUGAUUUAAGGGAAGAAAUUUUGUCCAGAUUGGACGAUAAUGUGCGUGGUUCUACCAGUAAUACACAGCCGUCCUCUGCAAAGGAUGUCCCUCAACCAUAUCAAUCAAAUAGUGAACAAGAGGUAAUAGAUGAAUGCUAUGAUCAAUCUGAACUUAUUAAUGAAGCGAGAGAAAUCAACGUGUCUCAUGUGGUAACGGACUCAGCAAGCACUAUCCAUGAGCAUGCGAAUCAUCAAUAUAACAUUGACCAAUUAGCUGAAAAUUCAGAGCAAAUUGGAGGAGAUGAGGAUCAUGAGCAAGCCAUGUCAAAUUUGGAGUUUUCUAGUAGUUUACCUGAAAGUCGAAAUAAUGAUGUACCACAAAGUGAGGCAAGUGAUUCUCAUGAGGUGGUAGAUGGUUAUUUUCGUGAUUUGGAUAGAAAUAUCUUUGAAGAUUAUGAUUGGGAAGGUUCAUCAGCUCAGGCAGAGGAGCUACAAGAAGAUUAUGAUUCAGAGCCAGCAGAAGAGCCAGAGGAAUUUGUCACGGAACACGAGGAAAGUGAGUCACAACAUUUAUAUGCUGAUCAGAAUGAAUGGGUGGAUGAUUCGCAGGAAGGUGCUCGUAAUCAAUCUUAUCCAGAAAGUUCGGAUGGUGGCAUUGAAGAACAAAACCAUGCACAAGAACCACGUGAUGAGUGGCAUGAAGAGGCAGCUGAUGACUGGCUUGACACGCCUUCUGGUCAGGAUGACGGGUCCAUUGGAAGGGUUGAUACAUUUUAUAUACCGGAUGAUGACAAUGUUUAUAGCAUUGAACUUCGAGAACUGCUAAGCAGGAGACGCGUUUCUAAUCUGCUUCGUAGCAGUUUCCGUGAGAGUCUAAACCAGCUAAUACAAUCUUAUGUUGAGAGGCAAGGUCAUGCUUCUUUUGACUGGGAUAUGGAGGGAACAUCGUCGUACCCUUCGGACACAGAGCAGGAGCAGCAGCAGGAGAAUAUUAAUCCAGAUAGUCCUCAGAUAAAUAUCGAGAGAAAUCCCUUUGCUACAGCUAUUCCACCUCAAGAAGCACCUUCUCAGCCACAUUGGAAUCGGGAACCUGAGCAUCAGAAUUUGCCUCGCCAAAAUCCACGUCAGCGCAUGGGAGAAUCAGAGUGGGAUAUCAUCAACGAACUGAAAAUUGACAUGGCUGUGCUUCAGCAGAGGAUGAACGAUAUGCAAAGGAUGCUUCAAACUUGCAUGGAAAUGCAAGUUGAGCUUCAGCGGUCUGUUCGCCAAGAAGUUUCUGCUGCCCUUAAUCGAUCUGCUGGUUCAACAGAUGUGGAUGUUUGUGGGGACAGUCUGAUGAACGAUGAAGCAAAAUGGGAUAAAGUGAGAAAAGGAAUAUGUUGCUUAUGUUGUAAUAACAAUAUCGAUUCGUUGUUGUACAGGUGUGGCCACAUGUGCACAUGUUCAAAAUGUGCAGAAAAACUGGUCCACGAGGAAGCAAAGUGUCCGAUGUGCCUGGCACCAGUAGUUGAGGUGAUCCGAGCUUUCUCUAUACAAUAAAUGAUUAUAAAUUAGAAGAAAAUAGUAGAAGAUACAUAUCAGAGAGAGAAGAUAGAUAUUGAAAUAAAGUUUUAUUUGGCACCUGCAGUCUUUGCUCCUUUAGUCUAGAUUUACACGUCUGAUUUAUUGUCGAAAGCAGAAUAAGCAGGUGAAACUUAUCCUCUGUCCAAAAUAUCCGUAUAUCGUGUGUAGAUAAAUUGGUUGCCAUGACAUAGCUAACAGGAAAGUCACAGAUUUUUGUGAUGGCUUUUGUUAUGUAUUAAUGAAGUUAUUUUGAAUAUCCUUAAGCCUGUGAGAGAGUUGAUCAACAAGUGUGUGGUUGACUUGAAAAAGCUUCGACUAUCUCGGGAUGCGGGCCCUUUUCCAGACCCUACGUGAACGCGAUAUGCUUUGUGCAUCGAGCUACUCCUUUUUAUUCUUCAAGUUGGGGCAUGGAUCUUGAAAUCCUUCCAUCAUACAAAAAUCAUUUUGUUCCUUAAUUUAUGACCAAGUGAGAUGAUAUAGAAUCUUUUUGUUCAUCCCUUUCCCAAGAUGGGGAACUACUGAUGUAAAGAUUAAUAUGUAUAUGUAAUUAUACAUUAACUCAUUGCAAUGAAUGAUAGGCCUUUAUCUAUUCUUUGCA